AUGGCCCCUCCUCGUCACUCGUACAUCGCAAUCUGCAUGUCGAACGGACGUGUUGUGGUCGUCAUGGAGGCGUAUCGUUCUGAUCCGGUCCAGGAUACGUAUCAGGAACAUCAAGCUCUGAGCCAGUGGGCAUUGAAUGACCAGUCAUUGAUUGCAACGCUUAUCAUGAACCUCGUCGCGUAG